AUGCCUUUCUCACAAGUUCAAGCUCUGCCAAUAUUCCAUAAUGGCAUCCUUUCCUGCAUCGACCCCACCAUCCUCGAAGAGUCCGAUGUGCACCCGUCGGCUUUGGUUGACACCAUACGCGCGUACAAAAAUCCUCUUGGCCCUCUCCGCCUCGUUUGCAGGAGCUGGAACGACGCGAUCACCAGACACUCCCCCAUGGCAUCACGUUUAAUCAUCCACCUUGACCGGACCUCAUUCGACAACCUGAGGCUUUACGUCGAGGCAACUGUAGAGCACGCCGUUUGCUCUGAUAGACCCUUGGACCUUUAUAUUCUUCUCAAAUCAAAAUAUUUGCCCACGACAUUCAACCUUGGCGAGCGGAAGACGCUGAUGGCGAUCCUUGGUGCAGUUCACCCCUACUGCGAACUUUUCCGAACGCUUUUCAUCGAAGUGAGCCAGAGUUCGUCCAUCCCGCCUUAUACAGCUCAUUAUCUCGCCGGAAAUUUAUCAUCGCUAAAGCACUUUGCGCUUGUGUACCACGCAGACGACUCAGGCCUUCCAUCAUUUUCCGAUAUCGACGACGCGCAGGUUCGUUGGCCUUGGCAAACGGGCCGUACCCAUCCAUAUCCCGUUAUUCAACCAUUCGUCGACCCUGGGUCGCUUACAGAAGUUAUGCUGGGUGGAAGGGAGUUGAUGAGGAUGGUCCUCACUACGCCCCUUCAGGUUUUAACCCACGGUUUGGCCAACCUUAGAAGCGCGGGGGUUCAUCGCCUCACUGCAACCACGGAAGGAUACACGGACGGCAGUUUCCAUUCGUGGCUCGGCAUCCUCGGAGGGCUAAACCACCUUAUCAAAGUCUCCUUCCUAGAGACUUUCCUUCCCCACCGACCUCCCUCCUCUAUUCAACAGAGGAUCCACUUCGCGUGCGAUCCUCUGCUGGUUGGAGUAGGGUUGAACGCAUGCUCGAUCAAUCAUAUUUUAGGCGCGGUCAAUAUCAAUCCGAGGAAACUCGUCCUGGCCAAGUGUGCGUUUGACACCCUUGUCCAUCUCCCCCUUACACCCAUCGUAGAGUUUCAUGAGGUUUAUUACUUCCCCAACUUAUCCCUUUCCAUACUCCCAUUCUCUGGCCACGAGAUGAGGUUCGUCCAUUGCCAAGGGGUCACAGGGGAGUUCUUUGAAGAAUUAGUUUCCCAAAUCAAUAAGGACUCAGCGGAGAUGUGGUUUAGAGGACUGAAGGUGCUCGCCUUUGAGCGCUGCGGGGACCUCCCAAUUGGCGCAUUGCUUCGCUUUCUCACUUGUCGCGAGAAAGCUCUUACCGAUGCCGGCAAACGGAGGGAGGAAGUCAAGUUGGGUCGGCUCGAGGUUACUGGCGGAAGCCCAAAGCUUUUACGCAACAAAGCAGAGAAUGCUUUGUCCCUUGCAAUGGAGAUCCAUUGGAACGCAUUUGACUGA